GUAGCCUCGGUGAAAGAGUUGUUGAUUUUGACAACCGCGUGAGAAGUCAGCGUUUGUUUGUCAAGUAAUACCAGAGAAAACAAGAGAAGUUGGCUAAAUAAUCGUGGAUUGCUUAUAAAUAUUAUCGGUUUUAGCGGUGAAAUCGCAAUGGCAUCAAAAGUAAACUUCAAGAUGCCCAACAAAGUGAAAACGUUUAAACCAAAGAAGAAAUGGUCUGAAGGAACAAUGAAGUACGAUCUCCACAAAAGAGCAAGGGCAACACUAAGAGCUGGUAUUGAUUUGAAAGAAGCUGUUAAACUUCCAACUGGGGAAAAUUUGAAUGACUGGCUGGCAGUUCAUGUUGUUGAUUUUUUCAAUAGAAUUAAUCUCAUUUAUGGAACAAUAUACGAUUAUUGUACAGACCAGUCCUGUCCUGUUAUGUCUGGAGGACCAAAGUAUGAUUAUUAUUGGGCUGAUGGAGACAAAUACAAAAAACCAACUUCUGUAACUGCUCGUCAGUAUGUACAGUUAUUGAUGGAUUGGACUGAUGGUAUUAUCAAUGAUGAAGAGAUCUUCCCUCAUGACACCACUGUACCUUUCCCAAAGAAUUUCCAGCCAAUUGUAAAGAAAAUCUUCACAAGACUAUUUCGUGUUUUUGUUCAUGUUUACAUCCACCAUUUCGACACUGUUGUAAGACUAGAGGCGGAGCCGCAUGUCAACCAAUGCUACAAACAUUUUUACUAUUUCACUUCGGAAUUUGGACUUAUAGAAAAGCGUGAGCUGGAACCACUGAAAGAGAUGACAGCAAGAAUAGCCACCUAGUGACGUCACGAUGAAGAGUCAGUCAUUCCGUUUGAUGACAUGUAUCCCAGCAUUCAAGGCUUUCUAGCAUUCAAAGCAGUAUAACGUUGACUUUGGUCAUCAAGUCGAUUUUUAUCAUCAGGAUUUUUAUUGAUUAACUGCUUAAACUUUAAAAAUGUAAGCAAAAUUUACCUAUUAAGUAAUCCGAAAUUGGUUUUACUUGAAUUCAAGUUUCGUGCAAGAAUCGAAAUGCCACAAAAAUUUUGGAAUAGGCUAUAAGAUAAUCUGGUAUAGGCCCAUAGACAGUUGAUACGGAUAUUGAAAAAUGAGCCUUUGAACCUUCGUAUAUUGCGAUUUGUCAGAUUGAACACCCGAUAAAACUAUGAGAACUACAUGUCAACAAUUUUAAAGUUUGUCUAUAAUUUUAAAAUAAACAGAAAUUGUCCUGCCUUGUUGGCAUAAAAUAAACGAUUUGAUUUUCUAUAACCUUUAACAUUCAUAUUUAGUUUUUAGCACAGUUUUUAUAAAUUUAUUGUUCUUUAAAUUUUAAUUUCCUUGUGUAUAGCAACAAUUAUCUAGUUAUGUAGCCUGGUCACGAGCACAGGCUGGCAGUAAUCAAAAACUAAGGGUUGUCAUUUUGCUAUUAGUAAGAAAUGUGUCCAAGGCCUACCUUUUCGUGUUCUGAAAAAGUGUGCCAGAUUACCAAAACUACAUUACUUGGUGUCAAAUGCCUUUAAUACAAGAAUAAGGGCAGAGUUUUUGAUAUUUGGAAAUCUGACCUUUUUAGCUCUAGGUGCCAAAUGUUCAGCCAUUACAUUUUCCGCUCUUGUUCAGCUAAGGUCAACCAAGGACAUAACUACGUUGAUUUUACUGUUAACCACCAUGCACAUUAGUACCAGUGUAGAAUAUAAAGAUGUCAAAAGAGACUAAAAUUCUUCAGAAACUUCCACUUAUUUUCUUAAAUGCUCAAAUCAAAAUAAUAAGCUUCUUUUUACUCAUAUACCGAACACUUUGCAAACAUUAAGUUUCAAUUCUAUUUUUUGAUAUUAUUGCCCCCCUUUUUGUUGCUCGGAGUUUUGUCUCAAUUGUAAUUGGAUACUUUUCCACGAGGAAUUUUUGAAUGUAAAAAUUUUUGACUUAUUCGUAUUAUUAUCUCAAAAAUAACUGAAUCAAAAAAAUAUUUGUAAUGAUGUAAUAGCAGCUUAAAAUUGUUAAUUUAAGGAUUUAUUUUGGAAACAUAAAUGGUAGUUUUUUGGGUGACUGCUUAUAAUAGAAAUAGAAAAUUAAUACAUUUUGAUGCAAA